CAACUUUCAUGAGCUCGGGAAGAAGGUUUCUUUUCAGCAUUUAUGGCUUGGGGUAGCUAGCUAGCCACCAAGCGAGACUGGGUUGAAGCGUGUGCUCUCCUUCGGCUUUAGUAUGAUGCCAGUCCGAGGAUCUGAUGUUGCCAGUGAGGCCUGAUGAAAGCAAAUGUUUACUGAAGUCAGCAACAUAAAGAUGAGGGUGCCCACAUUCUGCUGCAGAGGAGCGAGCACCACGAUGAGGACACAGUAGGCACCCGCUGGAGCAUGGCCGCGUCCCGUUCCUCGCGCGUCACAAGGUCAUCGUCAGUGGGGAUCAAUGGAUUGGACGAGAACUUUUGCGGUCGAACCCUCAGGAACCGCAGCAUCGCCCAGCCGGAGGAGUGUUCGUCGUCUCCCCUGCCGCGGGCCCGCUCGCCCAAGAAGAAGCAGGACUCCCAGCAGGCCUCGUCGCAGCCGGCCGCUCAGCAGGGGAAGGUAGCCGACUCCAAGGCCUCGUCCACCGAGGGGGAGCCGUGGGCGAGCCCCAGGAAACGAGGCCUCUCCUGCUCGGAGAGGGACCCCGGCGCGGAGAAGGCGGAGAACUGCGAGCGGGGGAAGGCCGGGGCGCGGGAUGUGUCUCCGCCCCUUAAACGAGCCAAGCGGUGCUCGCGCUCCGGGGACUCGCAGGGCCACGACCACGACCCCCAGCCCCCCGAACCCCAGAGCCCCGUCUCUGCCCCCACACCUCUCAAGGAGCACAACAAAGAGGACUUGCCCAGCCAAAACUUUGCCACUGCAGCCUCCUUCCCGCCUGACCUCGGCAAAGAGGAAGAUGGGAAGGACGACGGCUGUGUCGAGUGUGACGGACCCGCACGCCCCCAGAACACCCACAAGGCCUCUAACGGGCUGGGCGAGAACGGCGACAAGGAGGCCCAGCAGGACACGCCCUCUGAAGAGCCCCGCUUGAAUCCCUCUCCAUCUGUCCCCAGCCCGACACUUCUCAACGGUAGCCAGGCGGGGGCGCCCUCGUCCCCUGAGCCCAUCGUGCCUUGUAGAAACUCUGUCCCCGAGCAGGUGGAGGUCAGCUGCUCAGAGGAAGCCCCCGCCGUGCCGCCGGCCCCCUCCCCGGACCCCGCCCCUGAGCUGCUGCUGGUCAGGGAGCCGGAGGUGGAGGUGGACGUCGUGGAAGACUCCCUCUGCGUGGCCCACGAGGAGCAGGUGACGGAGGAGGAGAGCGGCGGCACCAACGGUCGACCGCUCACGCCCGCGCAGGACCCUGCUCCCUCCUCCUCCUCCACCGCCUCCUCUUCAGCCGCAAACGACACCAACGACAGCCCAAUCACCAAUAACAACAACUCAGGAGAAACGACCCCCCCGCUUGCCCCCCCCGCUUGCCCCUCGGAGCCGGGGUGCACCCCCUCGGUGUCCUGCACGCCCCCCUCCUUCGCGGAGUCCCGCACGCCCCCCUCCUUCGCGGAGUCCCACGAACACAGAUACACCCUGAGAACUUCGCCCAGGAGGGCGACCUGCGGGGGGCCGAGGCCCCCCUCCCCACCCAGGGACAACGGGCCCCUGCUGGAGGAGUGGGGAGCGGGGGUGCAGGAGAGCAUGGAGGUGGAGACCAGCGAGAGGCUGGAGGAGCCCGCAGGCCCCUGUGGCGAGCAGCUGGCCUCUGUGGACCAGGGGGAGAGGGCAGGCGGGGAGGACUCUGCCCAGAUGGAGAGUACAGGGGCCGGGGUCAGCAAGGAGCCAGCGUGCAGCCAGGUUGCGGAGGAGGAGGACGAGGAGGAGGAACCAGACGUGUAUUACUUUGAGUCAGACCACCUGGCUCUCAAACACAACAAAGAUUACCAGAGGCUGCUGCAGACCAUCGGGGUGUUGGAGGCCCAGCGCGCCCAGGCCAUCCUGGACCUGGAAGAGCUGGCCCGACACCAGAGGGAGGCACUCUCAGAGCCCGUCAGCUUUGUAGAGCAGCUGCAGAAACAGGUGGAGUUGGGCUUGCCCUGCCCCCAGCGGGUGGUCCAGCUGCCGGACAUCACGUGGGACCAGUACACCUCAGGUCUAGGGGACUUCGAAAGGGAGUUCUGCCACAAGAAGCGCAAAACCAGGCGAUUGAAGCUCAUAUUCGACAAGGUGGGAUUGCCAGUUCGACCAAAAAGUCCUUUGGAGCCCAAGAAGGAAGGUGAACCGUCCACCAUGUACUCUGCCCUGCCCUCCAGUGAUGCUCCAGAAAAUGGCACAGAGACACAGAUGAUCCGAGGCAGGAUGUGUCACCAGAGCAAGCCUGACACCUUCAACCAGCUGUGGACCGUGGAGGAACAGAAAAAACUAGAGCAGCUCCUCCUGAAAUUCCCUCCUGAGGAGGUUGAGUCUAAACGCUGGCAGAAGAUUGCUGAUGAUCUGGGUAACCGGACAGCCAAACAGGUUGCCAGUAGGGUGCAGAAGUAUUUCAUCAAACUGACAAAAGCAGGAAUCCCUGUGCCUGGAAGGACUCCUAACAUGUGCAUGUACAGCAAGAAGGCGUCCAGCAAGAGGCAGCACCACCUCAACAAGCACCUGUACAGGCAGUCGACCUUCCUCACCUCGUACGAGCCUCCGGUCUACAUGGACGAGGAGGACGAGCACACCAGGUUCUUCAACAGCCUGCAGAACCACUCUGCCGACGACUCGGACGAGGAGACCAUCCCCCUGGAGUACCGCCACUUGCCGGAGUACAAGGAGCUGCUGGAGCUGAAGAGGCAGAAGAAACAGAAGCUGCAGGAGCUGCAGGACGACAGUGCCCUGGCACAGCACCCAGGCUACAAGUGUGACAUGUGUGGCAUGGAGCCCAUCCAAGGGGUGAGGUGGCACUGUCAGGACUGCCCCUCAGACAACGCUGUCGACUUCUGCUCCAACUGCUCAGACUGCUUGUUUAAGACUGAGACUCAUAAACCCAGCCACCACCUGGAGCCUGUGUACACCGAGACCUUCCUGGACCGGGACUACUGCCUGCCUCAGAGCACGGGCUACAACUACCUGGACCCCAACUAUUUCCCCGCCAACAGAUGACAGGCGCCAAGGCUUCUCUCCCACAGCAUCCCACAGGCCUCUCUGUGCAUGGCUUCAUCCUCCAAGUUCAAAAUACUGCUUAACCCGUCGCCAGCCAGCCAGGCAGACAAGACAGACAGGCAGGCAGGCAGCCCGGUGUCCACACCCUCCCUCCCCCACAGCUGUGGACGGUGGGGUGGGGGGAGGGGCCUGUGGAGGCUGGCCAUCCUCACUCUCCACAGAGGGGGGCCAGGAGGGCUCUCAGAGAACGGGGCCAGGUUACCUACCACCAACGGAACAAGUCUCACGAAACAAACACACUAUUUAAAAAAUAAUAAUAAUAAAAAAAAAAAAAAAGGAAC